UUGCAUGGGCUGCGCGCGCAGCGACACGGCCCAUGUUCUUCGGAUGUCUCGCGUUGGCUGUCGGGAUCACUCUGCCGCUGUGUGGAAAUGUCCGCCAUGUUUUCCAUGGCGCAGGGAGCGGAUCGACCGACAGAAAAUAGGUUUUAAAACCAGUAAAUCUCGACAAGAAAUGGUUCAUCGUACUGGAUUCCGAGCCAAUGGGAGCCCACGAGUCCGACCGUGGUGAAAAGAAUCGGAUCCCCUGUGGUUUUCGACCGCGUUUUUGACUGAAUUCUGGCAGGAUAAAUGUUUCCUCCACAUUUUGUGUUAUUGUGAUAGGCGAAAACAAUGAGUAAACUAUCGUUCCGAGCGCGAGCGCUAGACGCCGCCAAACCUCUCCCCAUAUACCGCAACAGAGACCUUCCGGACCUCAAUGACUGCGUCUCCAUCAACCGAGCCGUCCCGCAGAUGCCAACGGGGAUGGAAAAAGAAGAAGAAUCGGAACACCAUCUACAGAGAGCCAUAUCAGCCCAGCAGGUGUUCCGGGAGAAGAAGGAAAGCAUGGUCAUCCCCGUCCCAGAGGCUGAGAGUAACAUCACCUACUAUGACCGGCUGUAUAAGGGAGAGUUCCGGAUCCCCAAGCAGCUCAUCCACAUUCAGCCAUUCAAUCUGGACAAUGAGCAGCCUGACUAUGACAUGGACUCAGAGGACGAAACCCUCCUAAACAGGCUGAACAGGAAGAUGGAGAUCAAACCACUCCAAUUUGAAAUGAUGAUGGACAGGCUGGAGAAAGCCAGUGCCAACCAGCUUGUCACUCUUCAAGAAGCCAAACUGCUGCUGAAUGAGGAUGACUACCUCCUGAAGUCAGUUUAUGACUACUGGGUGAGGAAGAGGAAGAACUGCCGGGGGCCCUCUCUCACCCCCCAGAUCAAACAGGAGAGCAGGGACGGCUCCACCAACAAUGACCCUUACGUGGCCUUCCGGCGGAGGACUGAGAAAAUGCAGACCAGGAAGAACCGCAAGAAUGACGAGGCCUCCUAUGAGAAGAUGCUGAAGUUGAGGAGGGAGUUCAGCACAGCAGUCACUAUUCUGGAGAUGAUCAAAAGGAGAGAGAAAUCCAAACGAGAGCUGCUGCAUCUAACCUUGGAGGUGGUGGAGAAAAGAUAUCAGAUGGGUGACUUUGGAGGGGAAAUCCUUAACCAGGUGACCAUCCCCCGGCCAGAGAAGUGUGUUUACAGCUCUCCAAUAUCUCUGCCAAAUGGGAAUCGCCACAAAAUGGAAAGUAAAACAAAGCGUCCGCAUCACAUCUCGAUUAAGGAAGAGUCGCACUUCGACUUUGUUCGACCAAAGAAGAAAUACCAGAAGAAAGCGAAACUGGAAGUCUUCCGGCAGCAGUCCCACACCGUUCACCGGUCUGCCAUCAACAAGAGUGACAUCAAGCAGUACGACUUCCACAGCUCUGGGGAGGAGGACUACCCACAGGUCCAGUCUCCUGCCUCAGAACCAGAUGAAGAGAAUGAUCCUGAUGGGAUGUUUGGCUUCAGGAGGAAAGCUGGGUGCCAGUACUAUGCUCCUCGUGUGGACCAAAGCGACAGUCUGCUGUGGGAUUACCCAGAGCUGGCAGGGCUGCGGGAGCUGCGACACAGGCACUGCCUCACCGCCCUCUCCGUCCCCCGCCGCUGCGUGGGCCUCGCCCGCAGGAGGGUGGGCAGAGGCGGCAGGGUCAUCAUGGAUCGAGCAUCAUCCGAGCACGACCGCAUCCUAAAGCGGCUGGACCCAGAAGCGUUCGCCUCCGAUCCCGGUAACGCGGGCUCGGACUGCCCAGACUCUCCCGUCUGGACCAGUGCUUCCAGAUCACUUCCGGGGAAGGCCAGCUCGCUCGGCGAAAUUCUGAGCAAUAUAAAGGCGUGCCGGUGGCGGUGCUUCCAGCCACGCCCCAGUCAGGCCAAGGACGGCGGCGAUGGAAGCGCGUGGAAGAAGCUCGGACCGACUGCAAAUGGCAGGCCGGCCGAGAUGGUGGCAUCAUUGAACACUCCCAAGAACACCACUUCAGGUGGCAUCACAGAGGAGCAGUACCAGACGCAUCAGCAGCAGCUGGCUCAGAUGCAGAAACAGCAGCUGGCUCAGCUGCAGCAGAAACGGCCUUCCCAGCAUGCCUCACUGCCAGACCGUCACAACGCACAGGUACCAGGCACGCCGGACUGCGUGUCGAAGACUCUGGACUCAGCCAGCGCCCAAUUCGCUGCGUCCGCCGUGAUCAGCGCCCCGGGUCUGGGAAGCAGUGAGGCCAACAAGGACUCCCGAACCCACAGCGCCAAUGUUAACGGCAUCGUCCAGACUUCAGGGACCUCGAAAUCUCUUCAUUCCACCAGCAGCACCGCUCCUCCACCGCCGGCCCCGGUCCAGCUGCUGCGGACCACCUCCGGCGGCGGCUCCAACCACCUCCCAGUGCUGUGCACCGGCGCGCCGCAGUCCCUGCCCGGAGCCGCCCACCUCAACAACGCCAGCGUGGUGUCCCCCGUCAACCUGCACCUCAGCGCCCGCGCCUCCGCCCCCUCGCCAUCCGCCUUAAAGCUCGCCACCGUCGCUGCCACCGCGCUGGAGCGGCCUCCCAAGGUCACGCCGGCCAGCGCCAUCGGCAGCAUGGCAAGAGAGAACCAUGAACCUGAGAGACUGGCUCUGAAUGGAAUAUCAGAGACCACAGUAGCAAUGGAGGUCACAUAGCCCUCAGUGCUUGCAAGCACAGCAGACAGCUCCACUGGCUCUGAAUGACUUCAAAUGUCCGUGUCCUCUGUCAUGGCUCAUUUUUACAUGGACCUAUAUUCAAUUUCAGCAUAUCAAAAUAUUAAGAAAAUUUGUCUAUAUAUAUUAUAUAUAUAAAUGUACAUUUUGUAAAAUUGGGGAUAUCACUACCUUGUAAAAUAGUAUAUUUGUAUCAUUAGUUUGUAAUUUCUGUUACUUGAAUUCUAGAUAUUUUGUCAUCAUGCUUUUGCACUUGAAAAUGCAACUGAAGGGAGAGGAAAAAUAAGGUGCAAACCGUUUUGUUUGAGGAUCAUGAGCAUGAGAAUGGAUCCUGCAUCACUUGUUUUAACUAUUUAUUUUGCAAUGUUUACAUUUUGUAUCUUGUACAAAUAAAUCAGAUUUUGUGUCUACAAAAAAAUGGAGAUUGGCAAAGUUAGCGUACAGAGUUCUUGUACUUUUUUAAACAAAAUAACAUUUGCCUGAUUCAUUUGGUUUCACAAAUUGAAUAGAUAGUCUUUUGGUUACGAGCUUAGUGGCAUUUUUUCAUCGACAAGUAUUUUCUAUUCCUUUGAAAGGGGGCAGUGGGGAUGGAUUGGCUUUUUAAUGUUUUAAAAUUUUAUAUGUAAUUUCGUUUUGAUGUAGGGUGUCAGCGUAUCACGCUUUCCAAUGUGAAGACAGUAUAAUGUAUCCAUAGGACCUAUGUAUUUCAAUUUUUUUAAAGACACAGCGAGUUCAUGCAUCCUACAUUCAUGAUCUUCAAAUGUAAAAGAAGAAAAAAAAAUCUUUUAAUAUAUUUGCCUUUUUAAACGUGCAGGGGUUAAGCAAAUAAAUAUUACACAGGUAUGGAUUGUUAUAUCUGUUGUGUAUCUUGUGUACUCUUGCCCAUUAUUGGAAACAUAAGAUUAUCCCCUGAGGUUUGGGGUAAUGCAUCAUGGCAAAAUUUUUUGUAUUUUUUUUUUUUUUUUGGUGGCCACCAGCCAAGUAACAGAUAAGGAAACAUGUCUGAUGGUCAGUGAUAGGCUCCCUGUAGUAUAGUGUAGUUGGUGUAGUGAAUUCCUGUACAGACAGUAGAAAUAUGUUUAGAUUAUAUUAGUUCAUGCACUGCUUCAGACAGACAUUUUCCCUGUUACUUGUACUUGGAGUAAUUAAAAAAUGCAGGGAAAUAAAACCAAUACA